AUGGCGGCCCGUCUGAUCCGGCGGGCGUCCCGUCUGCUGGCAGUGCCAAUCACCUUCCAGCCCCCCAUCCCCUCAGAAUGUACGAGAUUGGGUCAGCUUGCCCCGUCCUUCCCCUGCCAGGCGCCCCUGCACACCUCCUCCCUGUGUCACCUGGCGGAGAGCCUCCCGGAGGCCUCGCAAAGCCCCCAGGAGGCCUCCCCGAGCCCCAGCACGCACGAUGAAGAGUUUUACUCAGUGCUGAAGAAUGCGCAAGGGGUGGAAGAACUGCUACAGAUUGCCAGUAACCUAAAGCUCAACGGGAACAAAGGUGUCAUGGUCAUCCAACAGAUCACCAGGAGGGAAAACUUGAAACACGAGGAGCUUCUGAAUGACCGGAGAUUCCAGCAGCUUCUAGGGAAUGUAAAUAGUCAGAUCCAGUACAUUUGGAACGGCCGGCUUAUUCGACUGCUGAGGAGCCUGUAUGUGCUGAACUUGGACAGUAAAAACCAUUACCUCCAGUCAGUGGAGAUCGAAGUGCGAUGGCGCCUCCGGAAGUUCAGCAUUACGUCUCUGGCGCUGCUGGCCGACUACAUCGCUCCUCUGCCUCGCUCCAAGGACCGGAGGUCGCUGAUCGAUGACGUGGUGAAACAAGUGGAGCUCCGAUGGACGGAGAUCAGGGACACGUGGACCUUGGUGACGCUGAUAUGCAGGCUGGGCUACAUGUCGGAACCCCUCAUGGAGAGAUUGGAAGAUAAGGUCCUAGAAUUUGCAGAGACGUUCACUCCUGCGGAGUCCCGUAGAAUCAUUGUAGCUCUGGCUUCUCAGAAUCGCCGAUCGUUGCCUGUACUGCGGGCGCUGUCCUACCACCUGAUGCAGAACAAGUUGGAAUUCUCCCCAACAGUUAUGUUUAGGGGGUCCAUGACUGCCUGGGUGGGCAAGACCGAGAUGGAUCUGAAGGAUCUUCCCAGUCUAUGCACGAUAUCGCCAGUGCAGAUUGGCCUAGUAACCUUUGUAGGAACCCCAGUGGAGAAGGGCUAUACUACCAGACUCAAUUUCUGCCAGCCGCAAGUUUUACUGAAGUUGGUCACAGACAUUAUUCCCAUGUUACCGAAAAUAUCCCCAUUAGAUGUCAUCGUGUUCCUCCGGUCCCUUUCCGGCCUCAGAUUUUCCUACCCGCCUCUCAGUGAAGCUGUGGCACAGGCAGUACUUGAGCGCAGCAAAGAAUUCAGCCCGGCACAGCUCGGCAGUGUCCUUCUCAGUUUUGCAAAGCUCAAUUUCCAGCCCAGUCAGAGUGAAGAAUUCUUCAAUAUGAUUCACCAAAACCUCCUCUCCGAAUUUGACUCCCUAAACUGGUCGCAGCAGAUUGACACGGUGUGGUCGCUGUGCGUCCUGGGCCAUGCAACCACGCCGUAUUUCCAGAAAGUUCUGGAUCCCCUAUUUUACAACCCAAUCCUAGAGAAAAGUUCAACGACUAUCAACCACUGCUCCAAGUUGAUGCACAUAAACACCACGGCGAUGCUGGAGAGCCCGGAUCAUUGGGGCGCGCUGCUGCCGGACGAUGUAGUGCAAACCCUUUACAACAAGAACUCGAACUACACAGCCAGCGCCCUGCAGAAGGAGAUCAGAGACGCUCUCAGGAUGGUGUUUCCCAACCCCGAGACCUGCAGCUACAAUGUGAACACCGUCUACGGCUGGCUUUUAGAUGGCGAAGUCAUUCUCGAUUCUGAAUUCAAACCUCUAGCCGUGAAGAAUUUCGUGGGGCCCCAUAAUGCACAGUCCGGAGAGACGGAGCCCCUGCCGGAGGAGGCCAGGAGGUUCGCCAUCCUGACUCGGGAAUUCUCACACUACUCGUUCCGGGGAAAGGACUUGCUGGGGAGAUACGCCAUGUGCCGGCGACAUCUGCGGGCUGCCGGACUCCUGGUGGUGGAGAUCCCCUUCUACGAGUGGCAGGAUUUGAAGUCGGACUGGCAGAAGCAAUGUUACCUGAAGGAUCAGUUUAAGAAGGUGGUGGCAGAAGACAUGGCGCAGUGAGGAGCCGGACCCAGACCAAGAGACUUGUGUGUAUAUAUGUAUGUUA